AUGGCCUGGCUGCCUGGUUAUUUACCGGACCUCCUGUUUGCUGUUGCAGCUAAGAUUUUAUUCCCGCUCUCGGCUCAAGCUCGCUUACUUCCAAUGACAGAUACAGCCACUGAUGAACUUCUGGCAUCUGCUGGCUGGCCAUGCAACAUACGAGAGGGGGCUGACCAUAUAUUGAGCAAAGAACACCGUCAUGGUGACAAGGCCAGCUAUUGA